AUGAAAGAACAAAUUGUCGAAACAGCUCCGCGACGAAUGCAAUUUAGUGUGCUUUCUCCCCAAGAGAUCAUAAAAAAUUCUCAACUUGCGAUCACGCAUCGCGACCUUUUUAAUGAAAAUCGCGCCCCAAUGGAAAAUGGUGUCCUCGACACACGCUUGGGUACCUCCGAUCACGACAUUUUAUGCGAAACUUGUGGUGAAAAAAUGGCACAAUGCAUUGGUCAUUUCGGUUAUAUUAAGUUGAUAUUGCCAGUGUUUCACAUCGGAUAUUUCAAGGCUGUGAUCAAUAUGCUGCAAAACAUUUGCAAGACUUGCAGUCGCGUCUUAUUAGAGGAAAAUGAUAGGAGAACGUUCCUCAAGAGACUGAGGAAUUCGAAAGAACCAUCUGCGCGUGCAAAGAUUGAGAAGGCCAUAAAUGCCGCAUGUAAAAAAGUGGUAGAAUGCCCAUAUUGCAAAGGGAUUAAUGGAUCUGUGAAAAAAGUUGGAGCGAUCAAAAUUGUACACGAAAAAUUCAAGUCCAAGAAAGCGCAAGAGGAACAUGAAAAAUUUAAGAUUACCUUUGCCAAUGCUAUCGAGGCCAGCCCAGAGCUGAAAGCGCAUUUACACAAAGCACAGGAAGAUUUGAAUGCGAUGAAGGUGCUCGAGCUAUUUAAGAAAAUAUCUGACGAAGAUUCUGAAUUACUUGGAUUGGAUCCACAAAAUGUGAGACCCGAACUUUUUAUAUGGCAACGUGUUCCCGUACCUCCCGUGGCAAUUCGUCCAUCAAUUGCUCAGGACAACGCAAGUACCGAGGAUGACUUGACGGUUAAAUUGUCAGAAAUAGUUCAAACAAAUACCAACAUAACGGCAGCUCUAAAUAAAGGCGAACAAUGGGACUACUUGCAGCUGACGGUUGCAAUGUAUAUUAAUAGUGAACUUCCGGGAGUAGGAAAUAUGGCGGGUGUCAAGCCUAGCAGGGGAUUGUGUCAGCGAUUAAAAGGGAAGCAGGGUAGAUUUCGAGGAAAUUUAUCUGGAAAGCGUGUCGAUUUUUCGGGUCGUACCGUUAUAUCUCCGGAUCCUAAUCUUCGAAUCGAUGAAGUUGCUGUACCAGUAUUGGUCUCCAAGAUAUUGACAUAUCCAGAAAGAGUUUUCGCACAUAAUAUUGAUAAGUUGCGUAAGUGUAUAAUGAACGGAUCGGAUACACAUCCUGGUGCCAAUUUUGUAAUGAACAAAGGAGGAGGAAAAAGGUACCUCAAGUACGCCGACCAAUCUUCGAGAGAUGCGUGCGCUGCCGAACUGCAAAUUGGCGAUGUAGUGGAACGCCAUUUAAACGACGGGGAUGUCGUUUUAUUUAAUAGACAACCUUCUCUUCACAAACUCAGCAUAAUGGCGCAUUAUGUCCGUGUCAAACCGGGACGUACUUUUCGAUUCAAUGAAUGUGUGUGCACCCCUUAUAACGCCGACUUCGACGGCGAUGAAAUGAACCUACAUGUGCCUCAAACUGAAGAGGCUCGUGUUGAAGCAAUUGAAUUAAUGGGCGUAAAAAAUAAUUUGGUGACCCCCAGAAAUGGAGAUCCAAUUAUUGCUGCCAUUCAGGAUUUUAUCACUUCCUCUUAUUUAAUUACUAAAAAGGACAUUUUCUACAACCGGGCUCAAUUCACACAGAUUUGUGCAUACAUGGCCAAUGCCGAUAUGCAUAUAGACAUUCCUCCGCCGGCUAUUGUUGCGCCGGUGAAAUUAUGGACUGGAAAGCAAAUUUUCAAUGUGUUAAUGCGCCCUAACAAGCGUUCGAACGUUCUGGUGAAUCUUGAAAGUAAAGGGAAAUCGUUUGAAAAAAAGGAAGGAAGAACCCCUGACAUGUGCCCAAACGAUGGUUAUGUAGUCAUUAGAAAUAGUGAGAUUAUGUGUGGCGUGAUUGACAAGUCAUUGGUAGGGGAUGGAAACAAACAUUCUCUGUUUUACACUAUUCUUCGUGAUUACGGUGCAAUAGAGGCAGCAAAUGCUAUGAAUCGCCUGUCGAAAUUAUGCUCAAGAUGGUUAGCAAACCAUGGUUUUUCUAUCGGUAUAAGCGACGUACAAUUGGGAGAAGUGCUAAGAGAGAAAAAGGAUUACCUCAUUGCAGAGGCAAACAAAUCUUGUGAUGAACUUAUUGAGCGAUCAAAAGCAGGCUUAUUGGAGAAUCAACCUGGCUGCAACGAGGAACAAACGUUGGAGACUCACAUAUCUGGAAUCUUAUCAAAAGUUCGUGAUGAUGCAGGUCAAAUUUGCAUGACCGAAUUAAAUAAGCAUAACGCACCUCUAAUUAUGGCGACAUGCGGAUCAAAAGGGUCAAAAAUUAAUGUAUCCCAGAUGGUCGCAUGUGUCGGACAGCAAAUUAUUAGUGGUAGCCGUAUCCCUGAUGGAUUUCAGGAUCGUUCUUUACCGCAUUUUCCAAAACAUUCAAAAACACCAGCUGCUAGAGGGUUUGUCAGAAAUAGUUUCUAUAGCGGUUUGUCUCCCACCGAAUUUCUUUUUCAUGCCAUCUCUGGUCGUGAAGGUCUUGUGGAUACUGCCGUUAAAACUGCCGAAACAGGUUAUAUGCAGAGAAAGCUCAUGAAGGCUUUGGAAGAUCUUGCGAUACACUAUGAUAUGUCGGUGCGAAAUUCUUCAGGUGGUCUUGUCCAAUUUUACUAUGGUGAUGACGGUCUAGACCCAGCGUAUCUCGAGGAUGAGGUUUUACCUGUUGAUCUCAAGCGCAAUCUUCAACACGUCAUUAACGUGACACCACGAGGUGGUGAUCGAGCACUUUUGCCAUACGAAAUUAAAGAAAUUGCCAAAGGAGUUCUGGAGGGCGAGAAAUUUCGAAAAUCUUGCACUUCAUCAUAUAUUGGGUCUUUGAAUAAUUUUAUUCAAAAAGAAUUAGUCGAAAAACUUGCUUCAAUACGGGAUUCAUAUUCCUUGAUGCGAGCUGAUGAGAAACCUAUUGACGAGUACGGCGAUGUUGACUUUGAUUACGCAUUAUCGAGUUCCGGUUCUUUAAAAAAUAUCGUGAAUCAAAAGUUAAUGAUAACCGAAAGCCAGCUUCUAAAAUUUUUAGAUACUUGUUGGCACAAGUUUAUGAGAGCCAAGAUCGAACCAGGAACGGCUGUUGGUGCUUUAGGUGCCCAAUCCAUCGGUGAACCCGGAACUCAGAUGACUCUAAAAACCUUCCAUUUUGCCGGUGUUGCAUCCAUGAAUAUCACCCUUGGUGUUCCACGUAUUAAAGAGAUCAUUAAUGCAUCAAAGACAAUUAGCACACCAAUUAUCACAUGUCAUCUGGUCAACGAUACUAAUGUUAAAUCUGCCAGAAUAGUCAAAGGACGCUUAGAGACAACUUAUUUGGGAGAUGUUGCAAAAUACAUUGAUGAAAUAUACGAACGUGAAACGAGCUUCCUUGCCAUUAAGAUAGAUCUGGAAGCUAUACAAAAACUUCAGUUGGAAACAAACAUGAAAGAAAUUGCGCGGUCCAUAGUCAACGACCGCAAAUUAAAACUUGAGAUUCAAGGAAUUCGUAUUGUUCUUCCCGAUGAAAUUGAUGUGUAUGUGCCGGAUAAAGAAAUUUCGAAAACACCGUUUGAUUCUUAUUACCGGUUACAGAAUUUGAAACGCGCUCUACCAAAAGUUAUAAUAAAAGGAAUACAAUCGGUGACAAGAGCUGUCAUCAGCGAAGCGAAAGCGGGAAAAAAACAUUUACUUGUCGAAGGUUACGGUCUUCGAGAAGUGAUGACAACAGAAGGUAUCGUCGGAACGAAAACAACUAGUAACAAUGUUAACGAGGUUCACAAGGUUCUAGGAAUCGAGGCUGCAAGAAAUACUAUUAUUCAUGAAAUUCAAUAUACCAUGGGGAGUCACGGGAUGAGUAUUGACCCAAGGCACGUUAUGUUGCUUGGAGAUAUCAUGACCUACAAGGGAGAGGUUUUAGGAAUACAUCGAUUUGGUAUUUCCAAUAUGAAAAGCAGUGUUCUCAUGUUGGCGUCUUUCGAGAAAACGACAGAUCAUCUUUUUGACGCUGCAUUACAUAGUAAACGCGAUUGUCUCGAAGGUGUGAGUGAAUCUAUCAUUAUGGGGAUGCCUAUGCAACUGGGAUCCGGGUUGUUCAAAUUAAUAAGAAAAUCGCAUCUUGGUGAAGAACAACCAAAAAGGAGAAAACUUUUAUUUGACUCAAAAGAAAAUCACGUGAAAUUUAUUUACGGCGAUAUACAAAACGAUACAAAUGCGUCAUGA